AUGCUGAACGAGUCGUAAGAUAUCGCAAGCAAAUUGCAAUGUUAAAUAUCAAAAGAAGUUAAUGAAGUAUUGCAAAUAGAAAAUAUUAAUCAAAAUGAAUAUGGAAUAUUCAGAACUAAAAAAGGACACCUUCUAAAAUUUGAUGAAUUCAAUGACUAUACUCUUGAUUAAGAUGUUUUAGUCUACAUUGAUAAAAAAGUGAAAAGUUAAUAUGUUGUAAGAUUCAUCAAUAAUCAUUUUAGAUGUAACUUGAAUACGAAAAGAAUUAUGAUAUUGAGUAAUAUGUUAUAGAGGGCAGAAAUUAUGUCUACAUUAGAACAAAAUUAGUGAAUAUGUAGAAUAAAUAAGAGAUAAUAAAUUUGCAUUUAUUAAAUAUAUAUCAGCAAGGGUCUAUUAAAUAACUAAUACAGGAAACUCUGAAUGGACUUUAGUUUAGCUUUAAAUUUAAGGAUCAAUAAGAUUAUUUUGUAUAGAUCAUAUUUGCUACUUUGUUUGAGAAUGAUUUUAAGGGAACUGAAUCAUAAGUGACUAAUUUAAUUUAACAAAUAUAAAAACACUACAUCUCAUGCAAAGUAAAUGAGUGUAAAAGGGAUAAGGAACUAUUUCAUUCGCUUUAAAGUGUCUAAUUAUAACAAAUUGCUCCAAAAUUUAUAAAAUAAUGUAAAUAUAUUUAUAGAUAUAAUUAGGCUCAUUAAAGACAUCUUAAUCUAUCUAGUACUACACAUUAAUCAACUCAAUUUAUGCUGCCAAUGUUGAAUUGGAGAAGAAUGAAAUUAACUUUAAUAUUGAGUUUACAUUAGAAUGCAUAAAAUUGAUAAGCUACUCUGAAGAGAGAAAUCAAAUCAAGAUGGAAUUUGAUUAAUACUUUUGCAUUGACAAUCUGAUAUAUCAUUUUAGAUUUAGUUCAAGUAGAAAUUAUUGAUUAAUUUAAGUUAGUUCAAAAUUAAUAAAGAUUUAACUAUUAUGUAAUACUCAUUUAAGUCAAUAAUGAUAUCAACCAAAACAAAUUGAUAGAAGAAUUGUUUUUUAUUAUAGAGAACUUAAAAUGUUAAAAGGCUAUCUCAUAAAGUAAUCGCAGUAUAGAAAAAAUGAUUUAAAUGAAUUCCUCAUUUAUUUAAUAGUAAUAUAAUGAAGGCAAAGAAUAAAUAAAAACUGAAGAUAAUACUUAGAAAAGUAGAUUUAUUGAAGAAAAAGUAGACAUUAAGAUAAAUGAAGAAAUUCAGUAGAUCAAUACAUAAUCAAAAUUAUUGUAUUCUAAUAAUAAUAAUGAAAAAUAUGAAGGAGUUUAAUUUAUAUAAAUCAACUAAUCAUAAGGAAGCAUACCAUAAAUAGAAAUUAAUGAAGACCUACCAUUAGAAGGAGAUUAAGAACCUAAGGAAGUAUAACAAGAAAUUGAUAUUUAACACGUAAAUAAUGAUGAUAUCUUUGAUUAACCAUUACAGGUUGAAGAAUAAUAGCAUUAAUAAAGGUUAAAUUAGAUAGAUUAAUAUGAAAAAAAGACUUAAGAAAUCCAAGAAUCUAUCAAUUUUAAUGAUUCUAAUAACUAAAAAUAGCAAGAAUAGAAAAUUGAAAGCAUAGUGUUUGAUGAAUAUAAUUAAUCAAGAAGAUAAUAGGAGAAUCUAGUAAACUAAAGUACAUAAAACAAUAAUCAGGAAGAACAUUUUUAGAACAAAGGUCAUAAUCAUUAAUAAUAAUAAUUGGAUGAUGAUCAAUAUGGAUAAAAUGAUCAUUAUGAUUAAUAUUAAACUCAUCAUUCUCAUCACCACCAUCAUCAUAAUCAUCAUCAUAGUGACUAAUUUAGAAGUACUUAAUAUGAAGAUGAAUAAUCUUACUCUGAAUACGAAAGACCAAUCCACCAUCACCAUCAUCAUCAUCAUUCAUUCCAUCAUCAUAAUCAUUAAUUUGAUAAUUCAAUUUAAGAAGAUUAAGACUUCAAUCUUAGAGGCUAAGAAGUUGUUUCUAAAAGAAAUAAUUUAAGAGGUAAAAAUUUUAGAAAUAAUUCUUUGUAUAAUAAUAAUGAUCCAGAAAUAAUUGAUAGAAUAAUUAUAGAGUAUAAUUUUUCUUAACAGGAAAAUCAAGAAUCAUAAAAUCAAUAGGGAGGUUAAUCAAAAAAGGAUCAUAAAAAAGAAAAUCCUAUCCCAGGCCCUAAAAAAUAAUAAAUCUAAUAUGGAGAGGAUGAAUCAUAAUCAUAAUAAAACAAUUCUUAAAAUAAUUAAAGUACUAACAAUAAUAAAGACAAAGAUAAAAAUAAGUAGAGUUCUGGAAAUUCAAAUAAUAAAUAAAAAAGUUAAAGUUAAAGUUCAUCAAAUGAUUAAGAAGAAGGGGGUAAUAAUGAAUAAGGUAAUGAUGAUUAAACAUAAAGUAAUAAAUAAGAUGGAUAAAAUAAACCAAAAACAUCAUCCACUUAAAAAUAAAAUAAUAAAGAUAAGGAUGAUAAGUAAUAAUAAAAAGCAUCUUCAAAUAAAGCUGCAAAAGCUAAUAAAAGUGGAACCAAUCAGGAGGAGGAAGAAGCGAGCAAUUAAAAUAAUAAUGAGGAUGAUUAAAAUAACAAAGAAAAGCCAGUAUAAUCAAAAAAUAAGAGUAAUAAAGAAAAGUAAAAAGAAAAGGAAAAGGAAAAGGAAAAUUAGGAAGAAAAUGAAAAUUAGAACAAUGAUGAAACGGCUAAUUAAUAAGAACAAGAUUAGGAAGAACCGGCAAAAGAACAAGAAGAUGAAGAGCCUGCAAAAGAACAAGAGGAUGAAGAGCCUCCAAAAGAGCAAGAAGAUGAAGAACCUCCAAAAGAGCAAGAGGACGAAGAGCCUGCAAAAGAGCAAGAGGAUGAAGAACCAAAAGAAGAAUAAUAAUAGGAAGAAAAUUAAGAAGAAUAAGAAGAGAAUGCUUAAAAUAAAUAAAAGUCAAAAACAAAAAAAAAAUAAUCAUAAGAAAAAGAUAAAAAAAAGAAAAAAAAAAAUCAAGAAAAAGCAGAAGAUUAAGAAGAAGAAAAUAUAGAAAAUUAAAAUGAAGAGGGGUUAUAUGAUUUUAAUGGCAGAUACAUACCGAAUGAUCCAUUUUAUGAACAUAGGUAAUCAAAAAGAGGAAGAGUUCCUUUUAAUUAUCCAACAAGAUAUCCAUUUCAAGAUGUAUUUGAAGAUGAACGAUUUUGGAGAUAUGAAACUAUGAGAAGAUAAUAAGUAAGAUAUCCGUUUAAUGGAUAUCCUUAUAGACAUCGAAAAUAAUCAGUUGAUCAUUCACCCUUUCCACAUGUUAACUCUUAUUAUAAAAUGCAUCCAUAUCAGCAAUAGACUUAUCAUUGUUCACCAUGGGUUGGAAGAGACUUUUAUCCUGAUACUGGUUAUGGAAUGAGUAGAGUAACUGCUGCUUAUAAGGGUAGAUACACAGAUCCUGAUUAAGUCUUAAGAGAUUUAACAAUUAGACAAUAAUAAUAAAAACAAUGGAAAAAAUCGAUGUAAUAAUAUAGAGAUUAAGUCGGAUAUAAGUAAGGAGAUUAUGAUCUUGAUUUUUAACCAAAUUAUUCUUAAUCAUAUGAGGAUAUUGUAUAAUAAUAUCCUGAUUAUGAUUCAACAAUUUAGGACCCAAGUUAAUUUCAACCUUAUCAGGAGGAUUAAAAAAAGACCCAUGAUUAUUUGAAUGAUCCUUAAUAUAAAUUUAGAUAGGGAAGAAAACCAUUAGUAAAAAAUGAUAGAAUAAAAACAUUUAAUCGUUAAUAAGAAGAUGUGAAUGAUUGUUUUGUGGUUUAUGAUUAAUGCAAUUUCUAAGGAAAUAGAUUAGAUUUAUGUGGAGAAUAUCCAGACAUUCCAUAAUAUAUAGAUGGAUUUAAGAUUUUCUCAUUUAUUGUCCCUGAUAAUCUAUAAAUAAGAUUUUUUCAAUCAACAGAUUUUGAAAGUACUAUUAUUCUUAAAUUAAUUAGACAAUUUUUAAAAUGUUGAAGGAACAUCAGAUUGUUUAAAAGUUCCAUAUGAAUUAGUUCCAAAUUUAAAAUAAUGA